AUGCAGGCAAAUCUUCUGGAACUGCAGAAGGUAGUUGCAAAAGCCAAAGAGAUGAAGCUUCCCGUCUAUCCUUGGAAUGCAUCUUCUAUCGGUGGGAAGAUCUUGCACCUCAUGGGACAAAUCCAGUUCUCAAUUGGUUCAUUGGGCGUUAGUACUCAAAGUAUCAACAUUCAGCAACAACUCCGGACAUUUUGGGAGAAUUGGUCAAGAGGAAUGAAACAGCUUGCUCAUAGUCAACAGGUGGAUCAGCAGCAAAAAGAGCUCCUGGUUCAAGAAGAUGCUCUCGUAAAUAUGACUGGAGUCGACAGGGAGGAAAUUGAGGAAGCACAGGAAGCCAUGAAAGUAGUCCAUCAAGAUAUUGUUGUGGCUCUCAAGGAACAGACUACCUCUCAGAAAAGAGAUACAUUGUUGUCCGAAAAGCUCUUGCACAACAAAUUAUUGGCGCUCUAG